UUGAACUCUCUGCACUUCCUUUUCCAAAAAAUUGUCUCAUAAGUUUCCUACUUAUUUCUUUCUCCGGCGACCUCCUUACGAUUCCUUCCUCCGGCGAUAUCGACUUUGAGCAACACUUUUGGUUAAUCUACAGGAGCAAAGCGACCUUGUUUCGGUUUGCAUAGCAGUCCAAUGGGCACUAGUCUGAAUCAUCCUUAUAUGUAGCCAUAGUUGUAAUGUAAAACAGUCAAAAUACGACGUUCCUGUAAUCUAUAACUUUGUCAUAUUUACUUGAUCUGUGCAAUUUUAAAGAAGUAUGAUGACCUGAAAUGGAUUAAGGCCUUCCGUAUCUCUUCUUUCCCUCUUGAAUUUAGAAAUUGCAACUGUUCAUUGGUUAUUUUAGAAAGAAUUUGGCAUCUUUAACUUGUGUUGUUUGAUUGACUGAGCUCUGAGAAAUUCUCUUACUACUUCAUCAAUGGAGAGCUUAGCGCACCUUGAAGCAUUGUGUGAGAGGCUUUACAAUUCACAGGAUUCUGCUGAGCGAGCUCAUGCAGAGAAUACACUAAAAUGCUUCUCAGUUAAUAGCAGCUAUAUUUCACAAUGUCAGUAUAUUCUGGAUAACGCAUCAACUCCUUAUGCAUUGAUGCUGGCUAGUUCAAGCUUAUUGAAGCAAGUGACAGAACAGCGCCUAUCUUUGCAGACCCGGCUUGAUAUUCGCAACUAUCUCAUAAAUUACCUGGCAACAAGAGGAAUUGACCUGGAGCCUUUUGUAACUGCAUCUUUAAUUCAACUGUUUUGCCGAGUUACGAAGUAUGGGUGGUUUGAGGAUGACAUUUUUAGAGAGGUGGUCAAAGAAUCCACAAGAUUUCUGAAUCAGACAGAAUCUCAUUAUGCAAUUGGUGUGAAGAUAUUGAAUCAACUCGUGUCAGAGAUAAAUCAGCCCAAUCCUGGAUUGCCAUCAGCACAGCAUCGUAGGGUGGCUUGCUCCUUCAGAGAUCAAUCGCUUCUUCAAGUAUUCCAAGUAUCCUUGACAUCAAUGGUCCAACUGAAAAAUGAUGAAACAAUUUCUAAGAAUGCGGCUUGCAGCAAACUACAUGAACUGGCGCUUGCUCUGUCCCUGAAAUGUUUAUCAUUCGACUUUAUGGGAACGACGGUUGAUGAAAGUUCGGAUGAUUUUAACACUAUUCAGAUCCCAUCUUCAUGGAAGCAAGUCCUGGAGGAUCAAUCGACGGUGCAGAUUUUUUUUGACUAUUAUGAGAUCAAUAAACCUAGCAUAUCGAAGGAGGCUUUAGAAUGUUUAGUCCGGCUGGCUUCAGUGAGGAGAUCUCUGUUUUCAAAUGACACUUCUAGAGUGAAAUACUUGGCACACCUGAUGACAGGAACCAAAGACAUUAUGCAAACUGGGAAAGGUCUGGCUUGUCAUGAUAAUUAUCAUGAGUUCUGUCGGCUUCUUGGACGUUUUAAAGUCAAUUAUCAGGUAGACAAUCUACAAAGUCUAGCUGAGAAUCUAGGAUGUCAGAUAGCCUCUCUUCCCACGAAGUACCUGGGUUUGCCUCUGGGGGCCAAAAACAAGGAGUUGGAGGUAUGGAAUGAGGUGAUGGAGAGAUGUGAGAAAAGACUCUCAAGAUGGCAAAGUCAGUACCUAUCACUAGGGGGUAGGUUGACUCUCAUCAAGUCAGUUUUAGAUGGGUUACCUACCUACAUGAUGAGUCUAUUUCCAAUACCCAAGAGCAUUGUGAAGAAAAUCAAUAGAAUGAGAAGAUCCUUCAUUUGGAAAGGGAACAAAGAAAAGAAAGGCUACAACCUGGUGAAAUUGGAGACACUCACUUUGAGCAGAAAACAAGGUUGCCUUGGCAUGAGAAAUCUUAGCAUCCAGAAUAAUUGCUUGCUACAAAAAUGGCUAUGGAGAUUUUGUACUGAAGAUGGAGCCCUAUGGAGAAGAUUCAUAGCAGGGAAAUAUGGCUUGUUUAGCCAAUGGACUACUGCGGAGGUGAUGGGGUCGUUUGGAUGUUGUGUGUGGAAGACCAUCAGAAGGUUGUGGCCAAAGUUCAAUAACAAUAUUUAUAUUAGUGUGGGCAAUGGUCUGAAAACAGAUUUCUGGAAUGAAAUCUGGAAAGGGGAUGAUAGCCUGAGGAACUUCUUCCCAAACUUCUACACCUUGAGCUUACAAAGAUCUGCUACUGUUGCUCAAGUAUGGAGCCAACAAGGGUGGAACUUAGUGUUCAGGAGGGCUUGGAAUGACUGGGAAAUUGAGGAUGUGGCCAGGCUACUAGAGGUGCUAAACACCCCUCCAACCAUAUCUCAAAGAAAGGAUAAACCAAUUUGGAAGUUACAUAGCAAAGGAAUGUUCACAGUCAAAAAUCCUACUAUUGGAGGAUAA